AUGACAUCAGUUUGUCUAUCCCUUUCUCAAGCCCCCGGCCUGGUGACUAAUCUGACAGCAUUUGCUCAGAACCACACGUUCGUAGUGGUCACGUGGUUCCUGCCGCUCCGCAUCAACGGUCUGAUCAACAAGUUUGCGGUCAAAGCCAAACACGCUCGUACCGGUCAGACCGUCCGCAUGCUGGAGCUGGAUGCUGAGGAAAUCAUGACCGUAGCGCUACCACACUGCAACGAUGCAGUAGAAAUCUUGUCUCGUGGGACCGCAAGUCCAUCAGAGGUGACAGCGUCCUCUCCUCCUGUCACCCUGUCAGCCGUCCCACCUGCCACCACAUGGGCUGUACCAAUAUCCGUAGGGGUGGACCAGCUGCGUCCCUACACAGCAUACGUCUUCGAAGUGUCCGCUUUCACCUCUGACGGAGAGGGACAGGUAGCCUCCACCAUGGUCCGCAUGCCUGAGUCAGCCCCAGAGGGACCCACCCCUACAACCUGUCGGUAUGGAAUGUGA